UCCUCCUCCUCCUCCUCCACCUCCCUCCCUCCUCUUCCUACCUGAUUCAGAUCCGCUCCGACGCUAUGCGUAUGACCGCGUCUCUCUCUGCAAGGCGAGCACCACCGGAGAGACCCGCACGCUGCUACCGCCGCCGCCGCUGACCGCGAGCACCUAAACGCCGGCUAACGAGCGACCCAGGCCGGGCAACAGGAGCGGGAGCCGCCGCCGCUGAUAACCGUCCGGUGGAGGAGCAGGAGGACAAAAUUAACGCGCGAAGAGUUGGCCCUGGAUAGAGAGAUCUGCAAGAGGACGAGUGUGGCGUCCCGGAGCCUGCUGUCCCAUUCGUCAUCCUCUCCUCUCUUCCUCUACUCAGCCAAGCUUUCACCUCGCCAAACUCCACUCUUCUUCUCCUCUUUUUUUAAUUCCUCCUCCUCCUCUGCAACUGGCAAACUUUCCAUCCAUUUCUUUCACACUUGUGUCUUCUCUCUGCUUCUCUGUCCUGUUUUUUUUUUCUCUCAUCCUCCCUCUCUGUUCCUUUUGCUUUCGACUGUGAGCUCGGCUCGUCAUGGCGUCUAAACUGAACCCCAACGUCCUGUACGUGGCGGAGCACGGCGAGCCGCUGGGGUCACCUCAGGCGGACUCUGAAAGGACCCACAUUGCUGGAGAAGCUGGCGAAGAAUCAUCAGACAGCGAUGGGGAACAAGAAGAGACGUCGCACAAGUUGAUCCGCAAAGUGUCGACCUCGGGACAGAUAAGGGCCAAGAAAAGUGUGAAGGAGGGAAUCCUGUUAAAGCAGACCAGUUCUUUCCAGAGGUGGAAGAGGAGGUACUUCAAACUCAGAGGGAGGACCCUCUACUAUGCCAAAGACUGCAAGUCCCUGAUUUUUGACGAAGUGGACCUAUCUGAUGCCAGUGUGGCCGAGACCAGCACCAAGAAUAUCAACAACAGCUUCACGGUGAUCACUCCAUUUCGCAAACUAAUGUUAUGCGCCGAGAGCAGGAAGGAAAUGGAGGACUGGAUUGGCGCUCUCAGAUCUGUCCAAAAAUGGGAAACCUAUGAGGCCAGCCAGUUCAACAUGGAGCAUUUCUCUGGGAUGCACAACUGGUAUGCCUGCUCGCACGCCAGACCGACCUUCUGCAACGUCUGCAGGGAGGCUCUGCCAGGCGUCACCUCCCACGGCCUGUCCUGUGAAGUUUGUAAAUUCAAGGCUCAUAAGCGCUGUGCAGUUCGCUCCACCAACAACUGCAAAUGGACCACACUGGCCUCCAUAGGAAAUGACAUUAUCGAGGAUGAGGAAGGGGUGUUCAUGCCCCACCAGUGGCUGGAAGGCAACCUGCCGGUCAGUGCCAAAUGUGUGGUGUGUGACAAGAACUGUGGCAGCGUGCGGCGGCUGCAGGACUGGCGCUGCCUCUGGUGCAAAGCCAUCGUCCACAACAGCUGUAAAGAACAAAUGGGGAAGGUGUGUCCCUUGGGUCAAUAUCGAGUGUCAAUCAUCCCUCCCACUGCACUUAACAGCAUCGACUCAGAUGGCUUCUGGAAGGCCACCUCAGCGUCGUGCUCCAGUCCUCUCCUGGUCUUGGUCAACUCUAAAAGUGGAGACAACCAGGGGGUUAAGUUCCUCCGCAAGUUCAAGCAGCUCCUCAACCCGGCUCAAGUCUUUGACCUGAUGAACGGAGGACCAGAGCUCGGCCUGCGCCUCUUCCAGAAGUUUGUGACGUUUCGUAUCCUGGUGUGCGGAGGAGACGGCAGCGUGGGCUGGGUGCUCUCCGAGCUGGAUAAACUCAACCUCCAUAAACAGUGCCAGCUCGGCGUUCUGCCUCUGGGCACAGGCAACGACCUGGCUCGUGUUCUGGGCUGGGGAGGCCUCUGUGACGACGAUGCCCAGCUGCUGCAGAUCCUGGAGAAGCUGGAGAGAGCCACCACCAAAAUGCUGGACCGAUGGAGUGUGAUGACGUACGAGGUGCCAACCACCACUAAACGCACACCCAUAGUGAAAGAAGACGACAGCCUCGAUUCUCCUCUGCAGGUCCACAUCACUCAGUAUGCAGACUCCGUGGCCUCCCACCUCGCCAAGAUCCUGGACUCGGACAAACACAGUGAUGUCAUUUCCUCUGCCAAGUUUCUGUGUGGGACGGUGAAUGAUUUCGUGGCGGAGGUGGGGAAGGCGUACGAGAGAGCCACAGAGAACAAGGAGGAGGCAGAUGCCAUGGCAAAGAAGUGUGCACUGCUGAAUGAGAAGCUUGAUUCCCUCGUCAAGGCCUUAAGUGAAGAAGCAGAAGCUCAGGUGGUACCAGCAGGUUCGGUGCCGAGCCAGGAAAGCGGCGGCUCGAGCCCCGGAGAAAGUGGCGGUGAGUCCGGUUCAGAGGGUAAAACGUACCGUUCCAAGGAGCAGCUGAUGCUCAGGGCCAACAGCCUGAAGAAAGCCCUGAGGCAGAUCAUCGAACAGGCAGAGAAAGUGGUGGACGAACAGAACCGACACACGCAGGUCCAGAGGAUGUCGUCCUCAUCCUCCAUCAAAAGAGAAAACAGCGAGGAGCUGAAGGAUGCUGAGCCACGUCAAGGAAGCUUAAGUCCCACCUCCCCCAUUGUCCUUGAGAAACCAGAGAGCCUCCACACCGUCACCUUCAGCGAGGACACUGUACAAUGCUCAGAGAAGUGUGUGAUGAACAAUUACUUCGGUAUCGGCCUGGAUGCCAAGAUUUCCCUUGAGUUCAACAACAAGAGAGAUGAGCACCCUAAAAAAUGCAGCAGUCGCACCAAGAACAUGAUGUGGUACGGAGUGCUGGGGACCAAAGAGCUGGUCCAGAAGACGUACAAGAACCUGGAGCAGAGAGUUCAGCUGGAGUGUGACGGUGUUCCCAUGUCUCUGCCGAGUCUGCAGGGCUUGGCUGUGCUCAACAUCCCCAGCUAUGCAGGCGGUAUCAACUUCUGGGGAGGAACAAAGGAGGAUAAUAACUUCGGCGCUCCGUCGUUUGAUGAUAAGAAGUUGGAGGUGGUUGCAGUGUUCGGCAGCAUGCAGAUGGCCAUGUCCAGAGUCAUCAACCUGCAGCACCACCGCAUCGCACAGUGCCGCCAGGUGAAGAUCACCAUCCUCGGGGAGGAGGGGGUCCCUGUGCAGGUGGAUGGAGAGGCCUGGAUCCAGCCGCCUGGCAUCGUCAAGAUCGUCCACAAGAACCGAGCGCAGAUGCUCACCAGAGACAGGGCGUUUGAGAGCACGCUGAAGUCAUGGGAGGACAAGAUGAAAAUUGACAGCUACCGCGCCAGCAGACCCCGCCUUAACUCCCAGCAGUCCAUGGAGUACCUGACGGAGGAGGAGUGCGCUCAGGUUCAGCAGCUGGGCAUCGUGGCCGACACACUGAUCAACAAGAUCCGUGAGGCAGCCAAGACCCACAAGCUGGUGGAGCAAGAGCUGGCUCACGCCGUCAACGCCACCGCCCUGGUGCUCACAGAGGCCAAACUGUCCAGCCCCGAGUGUCUGAGUCGCAGCACGGCGGUGGAAAUCGUCAACAGCAGUAAAGUCCUCCAGGCUGAGACCAAGAUGCUGCUCGAUGGAAAACUACUGUCGGAGUGUCAUGAGGAAGAGGAGCUUCGGUCGACCCUGAACAGCCUCAGUGCUGAGCUCCACAAGCUGGACGACAUCCACUGGAUCUGUCCGCUCAUGCAGUGCUCCGAGGAGGACUCAGUGAGGGGCAGCAGUAAGAGCAGCGGCAGCAGUAUGAAGUUGAAGAUCAUACCCAAGGUGAAGAAGGAGAGGGAGAAGCUCCACAAGCAGAAGUCCAACAGCUCUCUCUCGGGCAGUCAGUGUGUGGACGUGGGGCAUGUGGCACAGGCAGAAGGACGGCGCUUGCUGCAGGAGUGAAAUUGGGAUAUCAAAGGCGGGGCUGGUGAGGCAGAUUCCUCGGGCAAUUGAAGUCCUGCGUGAGGUGCUUUACUGCUGCCCCCCUGCUACCCUGACAACCAGGGGUGAGGAGCACCCCUCCUGUCCUCCUCCCCUCUAACCGCGAUACCCAGUGGCCUGUGAGAGGUGUGAGGAAGAAAAGGAAAACCAUCUUCCCAACUUUUACGCUAUUUCCUCCCUGCUUCUUUAUCCUUCAUUUUGCAGGGAGGGAGUUUUGUUUCUUCUUCUUCUUCUUCGUCUUUUACGUUCUUGAAGGGGCCUGGCUUUGCAUCGCAUUGCUUCACCAUUGGCAUUUUGCUUCUGGUCCUGUUUACGUGCUUGAGUUUGGAAGUUCGCCUUGACCAGCAGCGAGUCAAACAAAGGAGAAAGGGAGGCGUGGAACAAAAGCGUUCUCGCAGAUUUUUUUUUUUUUUUUGACAAAGAAAUGUGUUUACAUGGUGCUCUCCUUGCAUGUUGAGUGCAGCCAUCUUAUUUUAUAUCUAUCAUAAGUUGUUAGAAUCUUAAUUAUUUUCUCUCUAUCUUGAAUAAUUUCCGAACUUAUGAACAGCCUUUAGACUUUGAUUUUUCUCGCGACUGUCGAAGAAUAUUUAUUUCUUGUUGCUACUGCCAUGAGAACUCAAACGGCAACAAAAUGAACAAACUGAAACAUCUCAACCUUAUCGUCUACUGAAUCGGGGAAUAUCUUAAAUGUUGCAAAAAAUGUACUGAGGAAUGUACUUGUGUGGACUUGUAUUAACCUGUGAAUAAUGUUAAAUGAUAAAUCAUAUAAGGUUUCACAAAGGUUCUACUGUUGUGGUUCUAAAGUGGUUCUUAAUAGGUCUUUUUCUGACUUGUGUGAAUUGAGACUUCGCUUUACGAUGAGUCAUUUCAUCUGGAAUUCAGCCUUUUGAGUAGAUCUGACUGUGCGGUACAUCACUCAGUUAUUAUCAAGGUCUAAAAUGUGACUCAUGCGGGAUAAAAAAAACUCAUCCCACUGGGUUGAAGAACCAUUUUGAGGUACAGUACCAGAUGAAAUGACUCACAAGAUUAUUUCUUUUGGCAGUGUAUGGUGAAGGUGUUUACAGAUGGAGGAAGCAUCAAGGACACAUUAACAAAACAUAACAGCUACUCAGUAUAUUACUUCUACUUUGCCAUACUCCUGAUUGUAUUUGUAAUAUAGGAAUAAGAGUCAGUGGAUAUUUGAUUUUGCCUUGUCUGUGGUUAAAAGCUAUUAUUAUUAUUAUUAUCAUUAUUAUCAUUACAAAUAUAUUAUCUAUUUUUUUGUAUAUCUUAUUUUCCCAAUAGUAAUCUGUGAAGCUGUCCUGGCUUUGCUGCUUCCCCCUUUGACGAACUCCUCGGCCACUGUGCAUAUAAUCAAAGCCAAUUAAUGCUGUUCUGUGUGUCCCUGCAUGCAUACUUAGCCUUCCUUCGCCUCACAGUGUUGGGCUGAAGUUGCCUCAAAAUAGUAAGUUUUAGCUUGUCGGUUCCGACUAACAGCGUUUGUUUUUGUUUUAACCUGCUUGACGCACCAGAUGGUCUUGAGUUUUACUUUGAAUUAACACUUACUUUGCAAAAAAUGUCUGUCCAUACUUUGCUGUGUUGUCCAAACUUUAAGAGGGUGUAUUGUUUUCCACCCACAGGGUUCUGCAAGCGGGUUAUAACAAACACCAAGUUUUCAUGUAUCUAAUUAUUAUUAUUUGAUCAAGUCACAGCCAAAGCGGGUAUGUGAAGUUUGGGAACAUGUGGCUUGCGGUUUAGAGAUUGCUAAAGUAUUGAUGUUUACGAGUUUUAGAGGCAACUUCUACCCAGGUUUUACGGUAAUGUUCUUGAAAAGAAUGGUCAGUUAUUUUGGGAAAUUCACUUAUUUUCUAUGUUACCACAAGAUGGACAAGAAGAUUUAUAUUUGUUUAUCUCUGUACAAUCAGUAAAGAGAUAGAAAAAGAAAACUCAGACGUGCUAGCUAGCUAGCUGAAAGAACUGGUCAUUCUCUGUCAAAAGUGAAAAACGCCUUUUGGGAAGUCUGCCUAUAUAUUGUAUUACCGCAAGACAGACAAGGAGAUUCAGAUUUAUUUAUCUCUGUACACUCAGUAAAGACGUGCUAGCUAGCUAGCUAGCUGAAAGAAUUGGUCAUUCUCCGUCAAAAGUAAAAUAUGCCUUUUGGGAAAUCUGCUUAUUUUCUAUGUUACCACAAGAUAGACAAGAACAUUCAUAUGUUUUUUCAUCUCUUGACUCAACGAAGAGAUAAAGAAAGCUCCCAGACAUGUUUAGCUUAGGAAACAAAAAUGUGAAAAGUGAAGGUGCUGCAAAAUAGUCAAGAAGAUUCAUAUAUGUUUUUAAUCUUUGUACAAUCAGUUAAGAGAUGGGGAAAGUUGUCAGAUACACUUAGCUUAGCACACAAAAACCUGACAGAAUUCGACUAUCUCUGUUAAAAGUAAAAAAUGUCUUUUUGGAAGUUUGCUUAUUUGCUAUGUUACGGCAAGAUAGGCAAGAAGAUUCAUAUUAUUUUUAAUCUCUAUGCACUCAGUAAAGAGAUAAAAACUAUAAGCUUCCAGACGUGCUUAGCUUAGCAAACAAAAACCUGAAGGAAUUGAACAUUCUUCGUCAAAAUAAGAACUUCCAAAAUGUACAUGUAUCUUAUUACCUAGCAAAUAAGUUACCAAGAUAUCUCAGAGUCAGCGGGGGUCUUCUUGUGUUAAAGCCUUUUUGUGUUCAUUUUCGAAGCUAGCAACUCCUAGCUACUCCUGUCCUAGCAACAGCUAGGCGAUACUACUGUAUGCAGUCAAGAAAGCUCCAAUGUGUAAGCCAGUCGCUUGUUAAACAGCAUGUUAUUUUAGUAAAGGUGUUAAAUGCGCACAUGUAUUAGAUAAAACAACUGUGUCCAUGUUGGCGCUUUGAUAGCACUAUGCUAGCUGGUUUCCCUGCUUUCAGCGCUUCGUCAUAAGCUAGGCCAAACCAUGGAUGUAUGAAGAGACCUGGAUGCAGUGUUUGAGGCAGGGCCCAGGUCAUUCCUAUGAACAUUGCUCAGGGCUGCAUGGGGCCAAAAACAUUUAACUGCCACGUAUAAAAUUUCUCAGAUGAUCGUCACUGCCUUCGCAUCAUUCUCCAUCAGCCAAGCUGGCUACUUCCGGUUUAGCGCUAUGCUAGCUUGAAUAGAGAUAAAAUUAUUUAAUUGUGCAGCUCUUCUAGACUUUCCAAAUAUUAGCGAACCAAAUGGAUCAAAUUAUGACAGUAAAACGAGUCCUUUUUCAGGGUCUGUGACGCAUGACACAGACAUCUCUUUUACAAUGUUACUCUAUGGAUAAAAAUCUUAGGUGGCCAAGUGGCAUCACAUGAAGAACUCAGAAACUGUAAUUGUUGGUUUUAGUCCAGGCCCCCAGGAAGCCAAUUUUUGUAGUGACCAGACAUUUGAAUUGCAUCCGUCCAGUGAUACCCUGUGGCCCAAAAAGAUUUUUUCCAUAGAUAUCAUGGUGAAAUAGACGUCUAUAAUCUAUUGAUAACAUUUUUUUGAGUGUCACAACCAUCUCCAAUGACUUGUUUUAGUAUCAGAAUUUGAGCCAUUUGGUCCGAUACCAUUUUGAAAGUUUAGAGGAGCUGCACAGUUUAUCACUUUAUCCUCAUUCUAGUUAGUGUUAGUGCUAAACAGGAAGUAGCUGGCUCGGCUGGCAGAAGUCAAUGGUGCGCUUGCUCUAUGGGGAGCAGUGCUGAUCAUCAAAGUAGUUUUAUACAUGGCAGUUGAAUGUUUAUGGCUUUAUGCACCACUGGGCAACUUUCAUAGGAAUGAAUUAGACCCCGCCUCCAACACGUAUACAGUUCUCCUUAUACAUCCAUGAGGCUAAGUCUUUACUGAAUGGACAGAGAUUGAUUUUUCAUAGUUUGUCCAUGUAUGGCAGCAACAAUUUGAAUUUCUUAAAAUGUCUGAGUGUCGCUUUAAAGGUUUUAAUUAACAAGAUGUAAUAAAGAAGUAAUGUUCACUAGUCAGGAUAUAAUAUGAGUGAAAUACCAGCUACAAAUGUCCCAUAGGCUGAAUUAGCUGCAUCAUGUAAAGAUACUUUGAAGAGCCACAGAAAAGUAUUUAUUUUAAUGGUACACAACUUACCUUGAUUUGCUGUGACGCAGCUCCACCACUUUCAUAACUACUAAAAUAAGGGACAAAAUAUCAACGUUAAGAUCACAUCUGAUCAAGGUGAACAUUUUUCAUGCCUUGAUCAAGGCUGUAAACUGGUAAAGGAGCAUGUUUGUGCUUUUCACGUUAAUGUAAAGGGUUAGACCUUUUUUUAUUUUUCAGUUAUUUACAGUUUUAUCAAACUAACCCAAAUUAACUCUUGAUAGGGCAGAGUAACUGUGAGGCGUUGUAGAUGUUCAGCUCUGGUAGGAUUGUGCUACUGUAUCCAUAGUGUGCCAGCUAUAUGCUCUACACCUUAGAGGCUUUAGUGGUGUCGUGCCAAGUUUGUACUGAGUUCAGUGGGUUAUGAGAUAUACGAGGUGUGUGUGCGUGAGUGCGUGCGUGAGCUUCAGACGCGGAAGUUGUUGUAUGUCGUACAUUUCAAAGUUUACUGUAUCUUGCCUUGCACUUUACGAAGAAGCAAACUUAAUGGGGAAAAAAGACAUUUGUGUGCAUGUGCGCGUGCGUGUUUAAGAUUUUGAGUGUUUACGAGUGUUUUUUUUAAAUUGAUUUGAAGACGAAAAAUCUUUUAUUUAUGAUAGAUGUAUACGGACAAAAGUGUGUUGAUAAAAUGUAAUAUAUCUAACCAAACAUAAAAGAAUGACAAAUAUAAAGAUGUAUACACCAAUGUUUAUUACAUCAGUGGUUGUACGUUACACCCACAGCAGCUUGAGAUCUCCCAUCUAACGCCAAUGUUACUACAUGUGAUUAUGUGUCAUUCCACUGCCACAGCAACGCCAUUGAAAUGUCUUUCCAAUGUUACACCAAUUGGUAUUGAAACAGUAUUCUAAAAAUCCAAUAGAUAUUAAGGUUAUUCUACCUUUAAGCCAAAGUUGUUGGAGUUCUCUGGUGUUGUUACAGACUACUGAUGAAUUGUUUACACAAAAUAGAGUUGUCAUAUUCAGCUUAUGUUUCGCCGACAUUUGGGCGAAGUCUUGUGUAUAAUUUUGAAAUUAUAACAUCUACUGAGAGUCUACCUUCUGCUUUAAUUAGCAUUUUUUGUGCUGAAAACAAACAAACAUGUCUACAGUUUGGGUAACACACAUUUGUGGAAGCCAAUUUAGGGAUUAAAAAAAGUAAUUGCCUGUGUUUAACGGUCUUUUAACCAAGGAUUUCAUAGUUUGUCUUUUAAAAGCAUCUUUUUUUUUGGGUUGUUCUUUCUGCGACUGUCUUUUUUUUUCAUACAGCAAAAAUGUCAUUUUCGACUGAAACUCUUCCGAGGAGUUACAUGGAGCUGAGACACUGAAAUGAACCCACAGAUUUCAAACACCUCACCAUGUUUGUGCAACAGUAUUUCAUAGACAACAUUUGUGAACGCACCCCCCUGAUCUGAACAGCCUAUAUAUAUUGAUAUAUUGAGACUGUGUGCGCAAUGCUGGAAGCCAGACUAGAUGUUGCACGACCUUGUACGUUGCGAGGUGUUUUAUUGUGUUUUUGUGUGCAGUGUGUAACAAAGACAAAGUCAGCGCAACCCUUUGGAGAUUAAAUGAAUUAUUGAAGUGUGAA